UCAGCCUCUACAAAGCAAUGGCUGCUUGCGCGCGUCUAGGCCCGGCGUGGUAGGCCUCCGCUUCACUUGGGCUGCGCGGCGGAGGUGCUGUUUCGUGUGGUUCCGAGUCGUCAGAAUGCCGCAGAAACCCGGGGAGGAGGACGAGGAGAGAGGGGCAGGAGAGGCCUUGGGGCGCCUGCGCUCGGUGAACACUCGGGAACCUUGCCAGGUCAUUUUCUGUAACCGCAGCCCCCGCCUGGUCAGCCCCGUCUGGCUGGACUUCGAGGGGAAGCCGCGCUCCUAUCCGAGCCUGAAGCCCGGCACGGGCCGACGGAUGCACAGCUACCUGGGUGGGUAUUGUGACGGGGAGAAGAAGGGCGACGGGGGCAGCUCAGGAAAGCAUCGCCGCUGCUUCAGUGCCUGAAGGUUAGGCAGGCAGAUAUUCAACAGGUGGAGCUUCCUGGCACGAACCUUCCAGCGAAACCUGCGCCCGCAGCCGGGCUGCUGCUCCCUCUUCCCUCAGACGUUAGAAGGGCCUCGGCCGUGCGAGGAGCCGGGAGCGGAAGGGCCCCGAGUAGGGUUAGAAAGUGGGGUGGCGGGUGCAGGAAUUGGGGGGGACACCAGAGUGGGGUGGUUUGGCCACGUUGCCUCUGUGGAGAAGGAGGCCUGGACUGCCUCGAAGGCAGUGGUUUGGAUGGCCGCUCCUGUGUGCAGAGGAGCGCAGCUGGGUGGAUCUCUGAAGACCUCCUUUCGGCUCCAGGAAAGUGGUGGGAGCAGCUGUGAAGGGGAUUCGGCACCUUCCAACUGAUCCAGGAUGCGGCUGCCAGAUUGGGGACUGCGAGCCUGUAUUGGCUCCCAGUACUGUACAUUUCCGAGCACAAUUCAAAGUGUUGGUGUUGUUGACCUUUAAAGCCCUGAACAGCCUCGCCCCUGGAUACCUAAAGGAGGGUCUUCAACCCCAUAUCCAUCCCAGAUGCCAAGGUCCAGCUCCAAGGGCCUUCUGGAGAAGUGAAGUUACAGAGAACCAUGCAAAAGGCCUUUUCGGUAGUCACGGCUGCCCUGUGGAACCGAUUCCCUGCAUAUGUCAAAGAGAUAAACAAUUAUAUGACUUUCCUUAGACAUCUGAAGGCAGCCCUGUAUGGGGAAGUUUUUAAUGCUUGGCGUUUAGUUGUGCUUUUAUAUUAGGUUGGAAGCUGACCACAGUGACUUGGACAAUCCAGUCAUAUGGGAUAUAAAUAAUAAUAUCAUCAUCAUUAUUAAUAAUAAUUGAUAGGAAUACUGUAUCCCUGUGCAGCUGCUCAUUUGUUUUUCUUUAAACCCAGUACUGUAUAGCCUUUUCUGCAUUCUUUUUGCAACUUUCAUUUACAGACAUAAGUUUCAGUGAACCACAUUUGACUCAUCGGUAGUUGCAUACCAUUUGGAAUCAGUCUGUAAACAUUGCUGAGCUGUUGAGCUUAGAUCCUGCUUAUUUGUUUGUUUUUAAAAUUUGUUUAUUAAAUUUCUAUACUGCCCUUCUUUUCUGGCUUCUCGUGGGCAUCUGGUUGGCCACUGUGAGAACAGAAUGCUGGACUGGAUGGGCCUUUGGCCUGAUCCAGCAGGGCUCUUUUUAUGCUCUUAUGCCCUAACUUCAUUUGUGAUUUGUUUUCUAGAACAUCUUUGGCUGUUCAGAGAUGCUGGGACAGAUGAUAGUCUUCUUGUCAACCAAGCAGAGCUGUUUGUGGCUACCCGCAAUAUGAAUGGGCAGCCUGUAUUUGCAAAUAUUACACUACCAGGUAAAAAUCCAAUUAUAAUACUAAUGUCUUUAUCUCUUUACACUGUGAAUAAUGUUGUGCAAUUAUAGUCAGAGUCCCAUCUGACUAAAAAACAAUCAAGUAAAAUGUCUGAUUAUGUUUAUUUGUAGCAGUGUGACACCCUCAAAACAGUCCUUCCCACCUACCCAAGGUUCAUUUAAGAUGCUCCCAAUUCUGUCUGGUUACAAAUCAUUUUAAAUCAUUUGAUCUUAACCAUAAGAAAAGCCAGUAAUGGGGCAUUUCAGAAAUUAAAAAUUGAUGUUUCUCAAACAGUGUAUUCCAGUUGCUGCUAUUAAAGGUUACUUGUAUAGUUUCUCAUUCUGUGCCUUCAUAAUGCUUCAUGUUUGUAUAGUACAGGAGUAGGCCUUCCAGAUGUUAUUGGAGUACAGUUACCAUUAGCCCCAGCUGGCAUGGCCAGUGGUCAGUGAGGAUGGGAGUUGUAGUCCAGUGACAUCUGUAGGGCCACAGUUUCCCCAUCUCUGGUCUAUCAGAUUAAGAAAAACAUGAAUUGUAUUUCUUUUUCUUACUGAUUAGCAAAACAUUAUGGUGUUCAGGUAUUUGUGAUCCAUGCCUCAAUAUCUUCAGCAUGACAUUUAAAAUCUCACUUUACUAUCUCUCUGCAGUGUACACUCUGAAGGAAAGAUGUCUCCAAGUUGUCCGUGCUUUAGUAAAACCAGUGGACUACAGGAAAUUAGACAUUGUUCGGUCACUAUAUGAAGAUUUAGAAGAUCAUCCAGAUAUUAGGAAGGAUCUUCAGCGGCUUUCUCUGGAAACGAAUGAUAGGCUAAGGAACAGAGUUGAAGGGUCAUCAGUGGAAAACUACUCUUACUAAUAAAUUGUUGGGUAUAAGAGGCAUUAACUGCUGUAUGAACUGAAAAGACAUUAACAUUCCAUAGUGUUUUAGGAAGCAGACAUUGCUUUGGUUUAGAACUUGUAACUUCAUAACUUAGAGACAAAGCCAUGGGACAAUGAGGCAGAGUGGUAGAAUGCUGCAGCUGAAAAUACUCAAUGAAAUCCUGUCCUGGGAAAACCUAUACAAAUUGUAUUUUACAUUAGACCAAAUACAAAAACAUAUGUCAGUUAAUAGAAGAUUAGAUUGGCAAAAGCCGUUUCAUGUGAUUUUCCACUUAUUUAAAGUAUCAUUUUAUUAUAUAUGUGUUUAGAAAACACCCUGUAUGUGUGCUCUUUGGAAUUUGGGCAACUUUAAUUUAAUUAUCAUACCAAAUGAUAAAUUAUCCUUAAACUGCAAUUUGGUCUCCCACCCCUCACCCAAUAAUUCAGAUUGAAUACUGUAAAUUAGAACUCUCUGGAUUUACUUUUUCUUGUGCCAGCGGUUUCCUACAGGUCAUUAUUUCCUAUGGUGGACCAACAUACUUCCAGUGUGCAGGAACUUCAUUCUGUCACACAUUUGCCCAAUGUUUGUCUAUGCUGUUAUGGGAAUUUUGGUGUGAUGGGAGCUACUACCGUUCCCACUUCAGCUAGAGAAAGAGCCUGGCAACUCUGUGGUGCAGGCAAAGUUUUUUCUCAGAUCACAAUUUCACCCUCAGUCAAAGCUUGCUAUUGCAUUGAAGGUGAAUUUUGUGAGUAUGAAAAGAAUAUGCUGUCUCUUAGAGGUUCCAAUAAAUAAUCCAUCAAACUCAUUCUUUGCUACUCUUUUUUUUAAACACUCCCCAAGCUAUAUAUUGCCUUCUUUAAAAUUAUCUGCAAAAUUUUGAGGCAACAGUUAUGAAGCUGACUACUUUAGAACGUAUUUUUGUUUUGAGCUACACAGAUGAUCAGUGGAACACUAUUUUCCUAUUUUCCAAUAUCCUGUGUUUGCAACUAUUAAAUUUUUUUGGUUUUGGGUGUCAACCCAACAUUUUUACCAGUUGAUCUUGUACAGUUAUUUCCAAGUAUCUUAAUAGGACUACUGUGAAAUGAACUUGUUGAAGACAUUACGGUGUACUGAAUGUGUUGUAAAUUGUUACCUUUUGUAAAGUCACUGGUUUGUGAUGUAGGUGUGUACUAAUUUUUUUGUAUACUUUGUAAAUUUCUUUCUAAAAAGUUAAAGCUUGAGAGAUUUCUGUAUAUAUGAUAAAUCUGUACUUUUGAUGUUGCCAGACAAAUAUGUGCACACAACCAGAACUUUCCCUUAAGAGUUCUGCCAGAGGAGGGAAGAGACAAGGUUUACCCUUCAUAGAGUUACAGUUCCCAGCAUCCUUAACAGACCUACGGUUCCUGGGAUUCUUUGGGGGAUUCUGUGUGUUCUUCCAGGUCUUCUAAAGGAAGAAUCAAAAUAGCAAAAUGAAGAAGAAAGUCUGUGAAUAUGAAUUCCAUGCAAGAUAGAUUGCAGUAGCUAAGCUGUCAGUUUUGUAUCUGAAUUUUUGAACAUGCUGGGGCACAUUUGGAGCAUUGUUAGAUUUAUAUGGUUCUUUGUUUCUGAUAAAUACCUAGUGAGAAUAUCAGCUGCCCAGACCAGAUUAUUAGAAUUGCAAUUUUGAUAUUUAAACAUUGCUUUUAAUAUGUAUUUAGCUAUUGCUCAGCAUUCCAUACAAUGCCAUUUCAUGUAUUAUUAUUUUUUAACCUAUGAGGCAUUAAAGCGGAUUUUUUCCCUUAAUUGCAGCACUAUUAUUUCCCCCAUUUUUUACUUUGUCUGGUACUUUAUUAUAUGUAAGCAAUGGUGGCAGCCAUUAUGUUUGCUAAUAAAAUAUACUAGGAUGCAUGCCCGUUCUUUUCUUAAAGUUCAUGUGUGACUCUUAGGUUCAUUUCAUAUACAGUGGUACCUCAGGUUAAGAACUUAAUUCGUUCUGGAGGUCUGUUCUUAACCUGAAGUACCACUUUAGCUAAUGGGGCCACCACUGCGCGAUUUCUGUUCUCAUCCUGAAGCAAAGUUCCUAACCCGAGGUACUAUUUCUGGGUUAGCAGAGUCUGUAACUUGAAGCGUCUGUAACCCGAGGUACCACUGUAUUUUGUUUUGUUGGUGGUAAUGUGUUACUCCCUUUUCAAUGUCUUAUUUAGCAAUGAUUUUUUCCCCUUAGAAUCAUAAAACUGUAGAGUUGGAAGGGACCAUGAGGGUUAUCUAGUGCAGUCCCCCUGAAGUGUAGGAAUCUUUUGUCCAACAUGGGGCCUGAGAUUAAGAGUUUCAUGGUCUGCCAACUGCCAGAAAUGACCAAGAGGAAAAGCAGCUUCCAGUGUGGUGUAGUGGUUAAGAGCAGUGGACUCAUAAUCUGGUGAACCGGGUUCAAUUUCCCGCUCCUCUACAUGCAGCUGCUGGGUGACCUUGGGCUAGUCACACUUCUCUGAAGUCUCUCAGUCUCACUCAGCUCACAGAGUGUUCUGGGGGAGGAAGGGAAAGGAGAAUGUUAGCCGCUUUGAGACUCCUUCGGGUAGUGAUAAAGCGGGAUAUCAAAUCCAAACUCCUCUUCUUUUUCUUAACCAAUGUUUCAAUGUGGAUUGCCUGUGGAACAGAUGGAGGGAUAUUCAGAUGCAUUUUUAAUGUAGGAGUCAUUUCCCCCCUUUGCUAUUUUCUUUUCUUAAAACAGUGCAGGCUUGAGAGUCUUAGACUUCAGGCUGGUGUGCUUCUUAUCUUAAACAUUACAUGGGUAUCUAAAAUGGAAUGGCUGCAAUCCUAAUCCCCAGAAGUAAGCCACAUUGAAUUCAAUAGCACUUACUUCAGAGAAGGCAUGGUUAGGAUUGUGCUAUCUUUGACCUCAAUAAAGAUUGCUGGAUGGAUUGC